ACAAACGUAGUGGUGAUUGCAAGUAUAAAGCAUCUGGUAAGAAAAUAGCAAGUAAGACACUACGAUAUUUUCAAUUAAAGCCUAGGCUUCAAAGGCUGUUUAUGUCAAGAAAGACAUCCUCUUUAAUGAGAUGGCAUCAUGAUAAAAGAAAAGAUGAUGGAAUUAUGAGGCAUCCGGCUGAUUCAAUUGCAUGGAAGCAUUUGGAUGAACUUUUCAGUAUAAAGAUGAUGUUCUUAGCCACAUGAGAGAGCUAUGGAAUAAGUGGAGGGGAUGGAUGCAUUUCACCUAUGUGAAGGAUAAAACUCCUGAAGAAGCAAUGAAAACAGUACCUGAUGGAGCUGAUAAGGAUGAUUGCGAAUGGUUAAUAAAAAAUCAUUUUUAUACUGAAAAGUUUAAGAAAGCGAGUCAACGAAACUCAAAAAAUAGAGGCAAUUUGACCAUGCCUCAUCGUAUUGGAAGCAAGCCAAUGAGGGAGAUAAUCUAUCAAAUGGGUGGGAAAGAUGGAAAUCCACCAAAUAUUGGCACAAUUUUUCAUGAGACUCGAAAACAAAUUGACAAGCUUAUUGAACCUGAAACCAUUGCGAAAUAUGAUGAAAUAUGUGAGGUAAUGCAAUCGGAUCCCUCUCUUUCAAAUGUUGAGGUAGUCCUAAAAUGUUUCCGAAAUCAAAGCCACGGUCAUGUGGUUGGCUAUGGGGGUGGAGUAAAGCUCAAACAUUUGAAGGGUCCAUCAACAAAGAAGGUUGAACGUGAAGCUCAACUUUUAGAAGAAAAUCAAUUAUUGAAAAAUCGUUUAAGUACAUUGGAAGAUAAAUUUCAAAAGUUUGAAAAAAUGUUCGCUGCUCAAGAAAAAAAUGACCUACAAUCAACUUCAUCUCAUACAACUGAUACCCAACAAAGUUAAUUAUACCUGUGAGUAUUAUUCUUGUUUAUUCCCUUAAUUUAUCUAAUAUGUUUUACUUUACUGUUUAGUGAAUUGAGUGUGUAAGGUGAUUUUGUGAGUGAAGUCUAGAAAAGAUUAUAAGAGAAGGACAAUUAGGAGAAAGGAAUGGAUGCGUUUUAAAUUAUUGUUCAUUGCUGAGUUCUAUUGUGCUGUGCAUAAUUGCUAGAGCUGCCCAUAAAUAGCCUGAUGUGAAAUUGGUUGUCAUUUAAUUAAUGAUCUAGGUUUGAAUUUUAUUUGCUAAUAAUGACAGGAAAGUACUUGACUUGUUCUUCAUCGCAUAUGAAUUGUGAGUGUUUUUCUUGUAUUUGAGAUCUAAGAUAUUAAAUUGAUUCUUAUGUUUUAGUAGUUGUUACUCUUCUUAUUAUCAAAAACAAAAAAACAUAUUUCUGAAUUUUCCUUUGCCUGCAAUUGUAACUGUUUAAUGCUCAACAUGCGACAUAAGCAUUUACAUGUAUCACUUUUUAAACUCUACAAGUUAUUGAUUGAUGUCGUAUAAGGAAUUUUAGAUAGAUUAAGUUUUUCAAACUAAAUGGAUAAUACAAACAAUGCCUUAAGUAAACAGUAACUGUAAGAUUCCAAGCUAACAAAUAAGUACUCAUCUAUUUUUUUCGUUGUGAUUCUUUUACGGAAAGUUAUAAAGAAAGUGAUCGCGUUUUUACCAUGUAUUGAAUGCAAUGGUGUACCUUUACUUGGUUAUGAUACUGCCUUAUGGGCUAGUAAAAUUGUGGAAGGUUUUUCUUUUUAAUUUCAGACCUCAAAGUCUUGUAUAAAUAUGUUUAUAUCAUCUAAUUUUCAAUUCCUUGCUUCUGUAAGAUGCAUGUUUACUUUAAUGGCUUCCUAAUAAAUUAAUCUUUUUCUUCCCAGCAAAAGAAAAUUUAUUAAGUAGUUGUGAUGUACGCAGUGUUUGAUGUGUUGCUUUGCUUGUUCAUGCAUUAUAAUGAUUUUGUUCAUGCAUUAUAAUGAUUUUGUGAUUGUGUUGCUUUGCUGGUUGCAAUUUUGGUGCAGCAUGUUUCAUUAAUUAGAGAUUCUUAUUUUGUUUUUGUUAUUCUUUUGCAGCUUUUUGUUUCCUUAUGCAAGAGAGACUUCUACUUUAGAUGUGUUAAUUUUCAGUCUUCAUUGCAUGUGGAGGAAAUCAUUCAGACCUUAUGUUCAUCUUUGCUUGAAAAUUUAGACCAUGAGGAUUCUUUAAUUGCAGUAGACUACUCCAUUAACAACAGAGCUAUUAGUUUUAGAACUUUAGUGUUGGAUGUUAACUGAGAAUAUAUUCUCAAUUGUUGUAGACUUUAUAGACUUUUAUGAUCUUUAUUUUAGUAGACUUUGUAAGCUAAAACUUGUUCUUAAAGAUGGUUUGAGAUUCUACAAAAUUUAUAAUCAA